AUUAUAAAAUACAAGAAGCAAUAAACCUUAACAUUUUUUCAUGAGAAAAUCUCCGAAAUAAUCAAUAGUAAAACCAUACGGAAAACAGCAUGCGCUGGUGGUCAUUUUCGUUGGCCGCGUUACUGGACAGUGGUCAGUCCAAAUACAGCUACUGCCACGUGGUGGUAGUGUUUUAAGUUUUACACCGGCAAUUCAGAUCUGCAUGACAUCAGCAACAAAGAUGGCUCCUACUCCUUCAGAAACUUCUGGAGAUGAAGACCAACUAGCCUUUAAGGUCAUAAACCAAGACAAUUUUCCAAUAGUAGUAGUAGGUCAACCAAUUUUGAAACCAUUCGACCAAUCAGCUCAAAAGAACAAACCUAACCUCAUAGUCCACCCUAUUCGAAGGAUAUCCAAGACAGUAGAAGAUGCUAAGCCAAAACUUACUGAAAAACCUAGUGGAUUAUUAAAUAGUAGUAACGAAAAUACCGUGAAAGUACGGAAAAAUCUUAGCUCUUCACAUGGAAAUUUAUGUCAUAAUAAUAGUACUGUUCAAAUGAAACUAGAGGAUUUAGAGAACAACCUAGAGCUAGAAAAUUUUAACAAAAUAUUAGAUUCUAAACUUAAGAGACUGCAGAAAAAUGAAAAUAAACAACAACAAAAAUCUUCAUACUCGGACCCACCAACUUCUAGAAAGCCUUUUGUAACAACCGUUAAAAAGGGACAAUUCCUAGAACCUCCGCCCGAGAUAGCAUUACUCAUGGGAGUCAAGAUAGAAGAGCCAAAAGUUGUAAGGAAAAAUCCAAAGGAGUUAAAAAAACUGUAUGCAUUUGCAAGUCAACCAAGACUUUUAAGUCGUACUCCGCCUAGAACUGUGCAUCAGUCUAGAUGCGAAGCCGCAGCAUGGGCAGCAGCAAAAUUAGUAGGUACAGUUGUUGGCGUUAAGAAUGAAAAUGAAAAACUCAGAGAUGCUUCAAAACCACGAUCCACCAUAGAAAAAAAAGUACAUAGGGAACACUACGUAUCAACUCUGGAAAAUCAGCCAAGAUGGAAUCCUAAUUUUGCGUUUGCCAAACUUCUGUCAUGUGACGAGGCUGAUCGAAAUAUUUCCAACACCAGAGCCGAGCAAGCAAAGAGAAGAGCGUUGGCAAGAAAAAGAGCCAUCAACCAACAAGUCAAACCUGCUAAACCAACUAUAGUGCGCUACGCGGUACCACACCACCUACAAGAGAAGAUGUUAGAUAUUAGUCAACUACAACAUCUUUUGAGGACAAAAGAACUAACAGACGCAGCCACUCAGACUGAGAACGAUCAGUGUUUGACCCAAGAAUCGAUUAGUAUUGAAAAGGCACAUGCACAGGUUCAAGUGCACCCUACGGACCUUUUUGACUUUAACAUCGAAGUCCAACCAAUUGUAGAAGUUUUGGUGUCAAAAACCAUCGAAGAAGCUCUAAUAGAAGUACUAGAGGAAGAAGAACUAAUGGCAAUGAAAGAACAGCAAAGGAAAUUUUUAGAAUACAUGGCUACCAAUACCAGUGAUGAAUUAGAAAGUGACUUGAACGAGAACACAUUUAAAAAAUUUUCAGAAAAUAUAUUUAGGAAUAAUUAUAUGCCUAAUUUGAUAACGUCAGUUUAAAUGAUAAAAUUAUCUUACACUUUUGUUUAGGUGCUAUAUCAGCAGGUUCUAUUGUUUAAUAUUUUAAUGUUUGUUACAUAAAAUUUUAGUGACAUCAAAA